AUGACCAAAAAGAGACGUAAUGGAGGACGAAACAAAUCUGGACGUGGUCAUGUAAACCCCGUUAGAUGUUCGAACUGCUCAAGAUGUGUUCCUAAAGAUAAGGCCAUCAAGAGGUUCACUGUUCGAAACAUGGUAGAAUCUGCUGCUAUCCGUGAUUUGAGUGACGCAUCAGUUUACCCUGAAUACGUCCUUCCAAAGCUUUAUGUCAAGAUUCACUACUGUGUAUCUUGCGCUAUUCACGCUCAUGUUGUUCGUGUUCGAUCUGUUACCGAUCGACGUAAACGAGCUCCUCCACCACGAGUUCGAUUCAACAAGGAUGGCAAGAAAAUCAACCCGAAUGCUGUUGCCGGUAUGUUUUUGAUGAUCUUUCUUUGA